GACUCCCUCCAGGCUCUUUUCCACUCCGAAUACGUCGUACUGGCCGAGUUCAUUGAGUGCGUCAUCCCCGUGUUGUACGGAAUCUACCUCGCCUUCCUCUACCACCUCCCGACUGCUGCGUAUUACCCUCACACACGCUCGCUAACUCCAGAGAAGUUCGCCAACACGGAGCUGAAUAUUAUGCUGUACGCGGCGGUGGAGUUUUUCUCGUUCAUUGGGGUGAACCUGCUGCUUCAGAGGAAGUUUGGGUUCUCGCCGCUGUACCAGCUUGCCUUUGUGUGUGAGAUUCACUCACGCACGAUUCUAAGCUACCUCUUUGUUUGGAUCACGUACAUUCUGCCGAUUACGCUGGAUCACAAUGGUAAG